AUGUUUGCCAUACCAUCCCUCCUUGAACCACCUACAAAAUCCGUUCAGCGAGAAGAGUGCUCAAAGAUACAUAAGCAAACAUAUAGCAGACAAGCUCAUAUCGUCUCCUAUGCAAUGAGGGAACCUUCCGGCUUUCCUGCCCUCAACCUCAUCUUUUCACCCGGUGAACAAGAAUCUAAGCGGGACGGUUAUACAGCAAAGCGGCCGAACUAUCGCGAUGUGACAUGCCAUCUUUCCAACGCAUCGUUGGGUAGUUCGUUACUCGACACUCCAAGCUCAUGGUCGCUCCUCGAGUCAGUAAGCCAUGCUUUGCUCGGAUGGUUGGUGUACUAUCAGAACGGUUUCAUGCACCGAAACGUCAGUAUCAGGAACGUCGUCCGACUGGAGCCGGGGCUAGAAAUGAAUACAAUCGACAUUAUUGAUCCUUUUUCAGGAAUUGAUACAAGCUCCGAGCUCGAAGAAGUGCGCAAGGCCGUACGGUCACAUAUAACUGAGAUCAAGAGGCUGGUCAAGCUGGGGAUCACCAGCGAAUGCAAGGGUAUCUUGGUAGAUGGCGAUAUGGCCGCCAAAUGGAAGACCUAUGUUGACAAAGACCAUGACUCUCACUCACCGUCAGCCCGGGGUACUGAAGAAUUCAUGUCCAUCAAUCUCCUGAAGGCUACACUACGCGGCCGUGGCUAUCUACAAUCUCCUGUGGAUGACGUGCAUUCGUUCUUCUGGGUAACAUUAUGGGCGGUAAUGUUCAACUCUCACAAUGAAAGCUCAAGGUCAGAAGAUGAGCUUUGGGCACGAGGCCUGUGGGCGGAACGCGCCCUACAUAAGACACUUAUGCUACCGCAGCUUAAAACUUCACUACGAACAGGAAAGCUCAGCCCGAUCGCAGGACAGUUGACUCCAUUUCUGGGCCAGUGGUUUUCCCGCAUUGAAGCGUUACAAGAGGAUUGGGACACAACCAGAGGAACUGACUUCCAAGAUAGGAAGGAAUGGUUUACCACACAUUUCCACCUAUUUGCUUACCGUGGCAUACGCGAGUCAUUAGAGUUGAUCCUGCAGUACCGAGAGGAGUUGGAACAUAAAUCGUUCACAACCCCACCCUGA